UCUCUUGGUUUCUUAUACUAGUAAUAAAAUCAAGGAGAAGCAAGAGGAGGAAGAAGAAGAAAAAAAAAAGCCUUGGCGUUGAUCUCGUCCCUGUCGAACACCAGAGAAGUGAUGGCUAGCGGGUUGCGAUUGGAGGAGACGGAGCUCCGCCUGGGGUUGCCGGGCGGCGGUGGCGGCUGUGGAGGAGAAGCAGAAGUGUCGGUUAAGAGUUCUGGGAAGAGAGGCUUCCUGGAGACAAUUGAUCUGAAGCUGAAGCUGCAUACUCCGGUGGAGGGCAAGGAAUUAGAGUCCACUGAGAAAGAAAACAAGGCCACUGAUGCUCAUGAGAAGCCACCUGCUCCCAAAGCACAAGUGGUGGGCUGGCCUCCAGUUCGAUCCUUCCGGAAGAACAUUCUUAACGUGCAGCAACAUUCUGAGAGCAAGAACAAGGAAGAACAAAGCGACAAAACUGCAGUUGCUUCCGUCGCUGCCUUCGUGAAGGUGAGCAUGGACGGCGCUCCUUACCUUCGCAAGGUCGACCUCAAGACCUACAAGAGCUACCAGGACCUCUCCAUGGCCUUGCAGAAGAUGUUCUCCUCCUUCACCACUUCCGGAAAUUAUGGGACUGAGCAAGGAAUAAGCGUGAGGGAUUUCAUGAACGACGGCAAGGUAACUGAGCUGGUGAUCAAUGGAUCUGAGUUUGUGCCAACCUUUGAAGACAAGGAUGGGGAUUGGAUGCUCGUAGGCGACGUUCCUUGGGAGAUGUUUGUUGACUCCUGCAAACGCUUGAGGAUAAUGAAGGGAUCAGAGGCCGUCGGACUUGCACCGAGGGCCAUGGAGAAACGCAACAGAAGCUGAAGCCAUGUGGUUCAUCAACAAUCAAACAUCACAUAAUUAAGUUACUGGAUUAAAAUCAAGUGUAUUGUCUUGCAUCUGUAGUGUGCUUCCAUAUAUAUGUAUUUAUCUUCUGUUGGGGUGUAUGAUUCUUGAUAAAUAUAUAUUUCUUUUAUUAUUAUGUUUUGUCGUUUUUUGUAUGGACAGUAAACAAUGUUGCUCAUCUGAAACAUUGCUAGCUCUAUGCGGCUAUGCCUGUGUUGUGUUAA